GUGGUAGUGGUGGUAGACAGAACGCGAGGGAGUCGCUGUCGGUGAUCGUGCCACCUCAGGACGUGGACGUGGACUCGCGCGACGCCGACUCGGAGCUUCUCAGUCCGGGCAAGCUAACGCCGACGUCGGGGAUAAGCGUCUCGGUCGCGAGUAUGAUCGACGCGACGGACUUCAGGGCGAUGCAGCCGGAGCCGACCUAUCAGACACUGACCUCGGUCGCGGAAAGGAUGUCGCCGCCCGGCUUCAGUCCGAACUCCUCUUACGCGACCCUGACGCCGUUACAGCCGUUACCGCCGAUCUCCACGAUGAGCGACAAGUUUGUAUACAGUGCACACGCGGCUGGCGGCGUCACCGGUAGUUUCGCGGUCAUGCAAAACAACGGCCUCGGUAGCAUCGGCCUCGGGAUGGGCAGCUCGCCGUACGCUUACGACAAACUGCCCUCGAUGAGCAUGUCGCCGCCGCACAAUUAUCCUUCGCCUGGCGCCGGUCUUCAACCGAGUCCUCUAUCGCCCCAGAGCGCCUACAGUCAGAGCGGAUUGAACUCGCCGCACAAGUCCGCCAGUCCUCACUACGACCCGGCCUUUUUGCCGAGGUUGCAGCAGAGUCCGGCAGCCCUUAGUCCUUCCUCGCCGCCGGCCGUCUCGGCGACCGCAAGUUUCGCGCCUUCUCAUCAUUCCCCGCCCACACAUUCGGUGCCCGCUGCUUCGCCGCCUCCUAUGCAAACGCAAAUGCAACAGCAGCAACAGCAACAGCAGCAGCAACAACAGCAGCAACAGCAGCAGCAGCAGCAGUCGAUGCAACAGCAGACGAUAUCGCACACGCAGCACGUGCAGCACACCUCGGUCGUCAUGAAGACCGUCUCCUCGGCGGGCAACGGAGCCGGCGAGGUCGAGGAGAUCAACACUAAGGAACUGGCGCAAAGGAUCAGCGCCGAGUUGAAGAGGUACAGCAUACCGCAAGCGAUAUUCGCGCAAAGGGUCCUCUGUCGUAGUCAGGGUACCCUCAGCGAUUUACUGCGCAACCCGAAGCCCUGGUCGAAGCUCAAGAGCGGCCGAGAGACUUUCCGACGGAUGUGGAAGUGGCUACAGGAACCCGAGUUUCAGAGAAUGUCCGCCUUGCGGCUAGCAGCCCUGAGCAACUGCUCUGAGAGCGGAGGCGAGCCGGAAGCCAUGCUGGAUAUCCACCACCCAGGAACCGGUCUCGAGUCUCAUCACCAACAGUUUCACAACUCAUAUGCUGCACAGAUUCCACAACGCGGAACAUGCAAGAGGAAAGACGAGAUGGCGAACCAGGCAGAACACCAACAGCCCGCCCCCAAGAAACCGCGGCUGGUUUUCACAGACCUUCAGCGCCGUACUCUACAGGCUAUUUUUAAAGAGACCAAGAGGCCGUCGAAGGAGAUGCAGGUGACAAUCGCCAGGCAGUUGGGCCUGGAGCCGACGACGGUCGGCAACUUCUUCAUGAACGCUCGACGUCGUUCCAUGGACAAAUGGAAGGACGAGGACCCGAAGACCGUGGCGGUCGAAGAGGGACAGCUAUCGCCUACAAUAGGUAUCGGGCAACGGCAGCCAAGCGACGUUUUGUGACACACGUCCGACCACGAGGAGUACCACGACGAGUCACCCGAAGAAGAUUUACCCUUCUCGUAAAGGAUAAUCCGAUUAUUGUACGGACGCGAUUUCGUACCUUCGUCGAUCGACGACGCACGCACACUGAACUGAGAACGUUGCUUUCCAUCUAAGAUGUAAAUAAAUACCGAUCUCGCUCGCCUGAGGCUCGUUUCGAGGACGUGGUGGGGGGAGAUUUUCGGUCCGAUUUGAAUCGGAAUUUUAUUUACGAUAUUGUUCGCUGUUUUCAACAACUAGUUCAACUAUUACAGAUAAAUUAAUGUAUUAUUUAUCAAUUGUUCGAUAUUAUUAACGAUCAAAGGACCAAAGGAUUUUUAUUUAUUUUCACUAAACCGUAUGAUUUUGUUGUUUUAUGUUUAUCAUUAUAUGUGAAAUGUUUGAAACGUUAAAAAUAAAAAUAAUUAGAAGCCUACAAGAAAUGAAAUUUUUAAACUGUGCGAAUCAAAAUUCACAUUGAAAAUUCGGAGAGAUUUCUAAGAUCUGCGACUAGGUAAAAAUUUUGUAACUUUUUAAAAGAUCCGCGGAAUGCGAGGCAAUGCAAGAACCAUACGAUGGUACAAUUAUCUUAUAUCCAGAGUUUAGAGCGUUGUUUGAUAAGCACGGUCACUGUGAUAAUUUUUUAACGAAAGCAAAGGCUUAUUCGUGAAUAUUGCAACGGUGCCUCGCUACGUCCUGCGAAACAACGUACCAGUUUCUUUCGACGUUGGAAAAGAAACUUUCGAUUCCAUCUGGUCGUCGAGGUUAUCAAAUGGAAAAAAAACUUAAUUUGACAAACAAAAGCAAUAAACGAAAACUACGUUCCAGGACAGGGAGGUUGAACAUCUCGAAAUCGUGUCCGAACAAAUCGCACAGACCAUCGAUGUUUGAUUUAAAAAUAUUCUAUCUCAACCCUUGUAAACGUAACUCGAAUAAUGUUUCGAGUGAACAAUCAAUCCAAAAGUUCUCCGGUAACUUGGUGCCAUAAUUUGCCAUAUUAGAAUAAGAUUUUCAAUCGUCUUCUAGUCCACGCGUGUCACGGUGGCUCUUCAAGAACCACCCCUCUUUCUUAUCUAGUCAAAAUUGCGAGUGACACGCAUCGGGUUCUUUGGAAGAACUUUCUGAUAAAUAAAAUUGAAACGUUGCACAAAAUAAACAAAAUUAAAUAUAAAAAGUACAAGGAUUUUAUAAAAUUAAAUAUACCAAAGAAUAUUUCAAAGAGUCGUUCGAAUACCAUGUAGAUAAUUCUAAGUGCCAUAUUUUAAAAAACCAGCCCUUAACGAUCUGAUCAGGCUUUUAAUAAUUGCAACGACGUCCAUUUUAAACACCUUCCAAAGAACUUCAAUAAAAAAAAAAAAGAAAAGAAGAAAUUUAUAGGCAGAGGGUAAAAGAGAGAACUAAAAGCAAGGGUGUUGAGGGUCAAACAAAUUCUCGUGAAACAUCGAUGGUCCAAAACUAAGGGUGUAUUUAACUCGUCGUAUCCUCGUUGGUCGUUAACCCAGAAAAAAAAAGAAACCGUUUAGAAAACUGAACAAGGACGCGAAAAAAAGAACAACUUCGUUUCUUAAACACACACGUUACACAGAUAAAUCUACACACACACACAUAACACUACACCACACAAAGAGGAAACAAAGAGGCAUCGUGUCGAGGGUGCACGUGCCAAGUGAUAUAUUAUAUUCUACGUAUGUAAACGAACAUUGUAUAUCAGAGUGGACGUUGGUUUGCGCGAAUCAAAGCUGAAGAGGACUAAGAAAAAUGGUGUGCGCAGAACGGAUGUUCGUUCGCGAGAAUCAGUGGUUUCCGGUGUUCGAGCGAACGAAGAGGAUCGAAUAUGGUAUGCGUGAGGGCGAGUGAAAAAACGGAAUUGAGUAUUAUUCGAAUAAAUUUGUAUAUUGAUAAGGGGGUUCAGGAAAUUACGAGCCUUGAGGGGUCGAUAAUUGGACUUUUCAAAUUUCAAGAGAGGUAAAAGUCGAAAGACAACGAAAAUAUUAAUCUUUUUUUUCUCACAGUGAAUUAAAUGUAAUUCUAAAAAUUCUAAUAAACGUCCCGAAUUCAGUUUUCAAUAUCUAUCUAUUUGCAAACUUUCAAGAUCUAGACUUGGCUCGUAAUUUAAAGUACACCCUUGAUAUUUAGAUAAUUAUUCUAAAAUUAUUCGCUGCAUCGAAUAAGCUUUUAUCCGAAUAAAAGAUUACUCAUUAUCAGCGAAUAAGUUACUCUUAUUCGAAUAAUGACCAACUCUGUGAAACAAAAGGUACGUGAGAAAGGGAAUAAAUGAGAGGAUUUUAGCGAACCGCACUCGAUAUAUCGUACCGCAAUUGUGCUGUGCUAUUGUACAUAUUAAAAAUGAAGAAAAGACGAAGAAGAAAGAGAGAGACUUUUAAGAAUGAAGAGGAGAAGAACGAGCAUGGUUAUUCGAAGAGCAGGCUUCUUUUCGCGUUUCCCGCUUGCACGCGAGCCAAUUUCCUUGGUGGAAAAAACGCCAGUUUUUGCGUUCGAUAGGGAUAUUAUUUUUCCACCGUGAUUUUGUUGGAAUCGAGCAAGAGUAAUGUUCCACCCCUUGCAAUUUCUACCCUUAUCGGUUAUUGAGAUUUAUGGAUGUUUAGAAAGAUUUUAAGGGUUGUUCGUUGAGUUUGUGAUAGACGUUCCUAUAAUAUUGCUUAUCCUUUUAAUAAGUUCGAAUAAUAUUUAACAGAAAAUCUCCAUAAAUAGACGGAGUUGUUCAGUUGUUUCAUACUAAUUUAUUUGACUUUGAAAUUGGGGGUGGAAUAAGUGGUUCCUGUUCGAGUUCAGCGUACAAACGAUUCCGUACUAGUCGAUGCUACAUUCCUUCGUUGAAAACGUCCAUAUAUAGCGAGCAGAAAUGAAAGGAAAAUGAAAAACACUUUUAGAUCUAUUCUAUUUAGACACAAUUAUCCCGCGUUCUUUCGGUUCCUCGCGCUCGACGUUCUGUUGUUUCCGUUAUACUUCGACUUGGUCAGCAUGCAACGAAACGAGAAAGAACAAAACCGACACAUAGAACGGAUAAAGAACGUUUAAUUAAAAAUAGAAAAUGGGGGGGGGGGGUUAAGGUGUGGAGGAGGGUUGAAAGGCGGAAGCCAACACUCAUCGUACCAAAAAAUAUGGAAAGAGAAAGAGGAAAAAAUGAAUAAGAAGAAAACGGAAGCGAGCGUCGCGGACGUCGAUUUAUAAGAUCAUAUAUAGUACAAAGUAAACAUAUAUUAUUGUAAUAACGGUUUAAAUUAAAUAUAAGAAAAGCGUCGCUGUUCCACGAUUCGGGUUCGUUACGCGAUAUGGUGAUACGUGGACGAACGUUGGCGUGUGCGAGUUUCAAUGGAGGUUGAAGUUCUCGAACAAAAGGGGGGUUGAUGGUUUCGAGCGUCGAGUUUUUCAUGGAAGUUUCCUCGUCCGUUGUUGGACACCAGAUUACUAUGUUACGACCUUUUCGAACGAGCUUUUCGACGGGAUUAAGUCUAACGUUUGUCUAUUGGAAAUGCCGAAGGAACUUUGCUUGAACACUGCGAAGAUUUUUGAAAAUUCAGGCUGAGAAGAUCUGUGGAGUGUUCGGGAGGAAUACAUAUCGGUAUGAAGUUUCAAAGAUUUGAAUUUGCGAAAGAAGAUCAAACCAAAAAUUAUAAAACUUUACAACACAAAUGAUUAGAGGAUUUAAUCUAACGUUACUUGGAGUAAAAGUAAAGAUUCAGAACUGAAACGAGUAAAACCAGCUUCCAAAUACACAGAAAACAAUAUACAAUUUCAAUUGAAAGUCAUUCUAUUCAGUUUUCAAGAUGGACCAUCGUCGUUCAAGGAGAAAAGGAAAAAUCUUCGCAGUGUUUUUUAAAUAUUUCGUAGAAACGGAAUGGAGAAAGAAUUGUCAUUGUCAGAAACUGAAGAUUCGACUCGAGGAGGGGAAAUAGUGGUGAAAAUCACGAUAAAAAGGGUAUGAAGGGACGCGAUGAGGGAACUCUGUACGAUAAACUUGUAAAUAUAUGUUUAAUUCUGCGCGCACGAUUGUUAUUAUUAUUAUUAUUAUUAUUAUUAUUAUUACGAAUAACAUUGUCAUCACCAUUACCAUUGUCACCUCCGUCGCUAUUAUUAUUAUUAUUACAAUUAUUUAUAUUAUUAUUGCGAUUUUUAUCAUUGUAACGAGAGAUAUAAUUGAUUAUUAUAGAAAUAUAUACUGUAAAAGCGUUCUUUGUUGACACGAGAGGGUGAGAAAUGGGUGCGAUUAAUUAGAGCAAUUUCUUCGAAAGACUAUCUACGAAAUAGACCAUCGAUAUCUGACGUAUCGUUGAUGAAACGUUAAAGGAAAGAAGAAAAAUUCAAAUUCCAAACGGGUGGGUUUCUUGGGGGGGAUGGAAAAGAUGGGGAACCGAAGGACACACACACACACGCUAUGUUACACGCGCGAGCAAACAGAACCCGCUAAAACGUAAAGCAAGGACAUAGUAUAUAAUUAUAUAUAUACUAUAUAAAUAUAUAAAUAUAUAAAUAUGAAUAUAAAUAUAAAUAUAAAUGAAUGAUAUAUUAUAUAUAUUAUAAAUAUAUAAAUAUAUAAAUAUAAUUGCCAUUUUCUGGCAUCAGGCGAAGGGUAGUUAGUCAGGGGAUCCGGGCUAGGGGGUGGGGGGGUUGGUAAUCUAUUUAAUAUAUGCGAAAAACCCCAGCGGUUUAAGGGGUUCGAUCGUCGAUCGAUCCCGGAGUCGAUCGAUCGACGAUUGUUGUUUCAACUAGCGUCGCCAGAAUGCGCGCAAAAAUUCAAAACAAAUAAAACAGAGGGUUAAUGAAGAAAAAAAAAAGAGCAGAAGUAUUCGAUGAUCUAUUUAUGUAACACGUGCGAUACCUCGUCUCGAAUCGAAGGGUGACAGGUGGAAAACGACAAGAUAGAUUCAGAGAUGAAGAUAAACACGAGAAGAACAAACUAGAGGGUGAAUUUUCAUUUUCUCGACAAAGUGAUUUCGCGCGUGACGAACGAAACCUUAAGCUGGUUAAGGGAUGAACGAAGGGGGUAUGUUCGAGACGUAGGCGAAUGAACAUAUUAUAAAUAUAAAAUCUAUAAAUAUAUAAAUAAAUAUAUUAAAUACAGAAAAUAAUAACGAUAAGAGAUGAGUAAAAAAAAAA